CGAAACCGAACCACUACAAUUUUAUUUAUUUACAAUAUUUUAGGUUAGGUUUGGAACUUUCAUCAUGAAUUCAAAAAAUGCCAGUUUUUAUCCUAUAAUCCGCUCCAUUCAAAAGAUCGCCCUAUAUGAAACGAAAGCUCGUUUCUAUUUGGUAGGCUCGAACAACACCGAAACCAGGUUUCGUGUUCUUAAAAUUGAUCGAAUGGAACCGAGAGAUUUGAUCAUCACGGACGAUAAAGUCGAGUAUUCUAGGGACGAAAUUAUCGGCCUUCUUAAUACUAUCGAUGCAGGAAACAGACAGAGGUCUAAUUUGGCCAAAAAUAAUAUAUCCGCUUUCGGGAUAAUGGGUUUCAUAAGAUUCUUGGAAGGUUACUACAUAAUACUAAUUACAAAGAGAAGAAAGGUUGCUGUUAUUGGUCACCAUACAAUUUAUAAAAUUGAAGAUACGUCUAUUUUGUACAUACCGCACGAUACUGUUCGGCUAUUACAUCCUGACGAGCCGAGGUAUCUGAAGAUGUUUCAAAGUAUUGACUUGUGGAGCAACUUUUAUUUCAGUUACAGUUACGACAUCACGCACACUCUUCAAUACAAUUUGAGUAUUCCAAGGGAAGUAGUGCCCGCCGAUGUGGAUUGUGUAAUAUCGACAGACGAGAUUUUGAAGUCGCCACAGUUUUUACAGCACAACACUAAGAUGGAAACCGCAAAGUACGGGAUUCGUACCAAACCUUAUCGGAAAUUUGUCUGGAAUACGCAUCUGCUAAGCGAGGUGGAAAACGAGCUGCACCCCGAGUGGAUACUCUACAUUACCCAUGGAUUUGUCGAUCAGUCAAACGUGAACGUCUUCGGCCGUUCCAUAUACGUAACGCUGAUUGCGAGACGUUCGUCCAAGUACGCGGGCACUCGGUUUUUAAAACGCGGUGCGAAUUUCGAGGGAGAUGUCGCGAACGAGGUCGAAACCGAGCAGAUGGUUUUCGAUUCGGGCGUUUCGUCCUUAAGCCAGGGACACUUCACGUCCUUCGUUCAAAUGCGCGGCUCCAUUCCGGGACAUUGGAGUCAGGAUAUGGGAAAGAUUGUUGCAAAACCUUCGAUUUCGAUCGACUUGUACGAUCCGUAUGCUGAAACCGCGGCGGCGCACUUCAACGAGCUUCUGAAACGAUACGGUUCGCCUAUUAUUAUAUUAAACUUGGUGAAGAAGCACGAGAAGAAACCACAGGAAAAGUUGCUGAGUGAAGAGUUGUAUUCCGCCGUGAAGUAUUUAAAUCAGUUUUUGGCCGCCGAUCACCAGAUUGUGUACAAAGCGUUCGAUAUGGCAAGGAAGAAUAAAAGCAAAGCCGAUGUCAUGGGUGGGUUGGCUAAUAUCGCUAAGAGCGCCGUGGCGAAAGUCGGAAUUUUUAAUAACAAAAACCCGUUCUCAGCCCAGAAGAGUAGCACAAUGGUUGGUCAGAAUAAAAUUGCGAAUAGUAGUUGGAGCGUGCAGACUGGCAUAAUUAGAACUAAUUGCGUAGAUUGCUUAGAUCGUACCAACACUGCACAAUUUGCAAUCGGCAAAUGUGUGCUGGGUUACCAGCUAUGCGCGUUGGGUAUUUUAGACUCCCCCAAGUUGGAAUUCGACACCGACUGUGUUCGUAUGUUAGAAAGUCUGUACGAAGACCACGGUGAUACUUUAGCACUCCAAUACGGUGGAUCACAAUUGGUUCACCGCAUCAAAACAUACAGAAAAACUGCCCCAUGGACCUCCCAAGGCAACGACAUCAUGCAAACUCUCAGUCGAUAUUACAGCAACACGUUUUCUGAUGCCGAAAAACAGAACACCAUAAAUUUAUUUUUGGGACUAUUCACACCCGACGAAUAUAAACCUCCCAUUUGGGAUUACAUUACGGAUUACCACUUCCACCAUAAGAUUCAUUUGUCGAAAUCGGACCGCCCGCUAACCAGAUGGUGGGAUCCUGAAGUUAUCAAGUGUCUGCCGUACUCUUACAACCACCUCACAAAAACUUGCUCGGAAAUGAUACAAGUCGAGUCUAGGGAUGUAGAGAUGAUCGACGCGUACACCGACUAUUACAGGCCAUACGAGUUCAGUAUGCUGAGUGAGUUAUUUAGUUAUAAGAUUAGCAACUCGAUUCGAGAUUUCAUGCCAAACUUUACCAUAAAUUAUAGUCCGUUCACGAUUAGGGUGCGGCCAGGCAAAGGAAGAGAGGAGAGUUCGAGUAAAGGGGGAAAUAUGAAGAAUCCCUCGUUGACUGGUCUGAGUUCUACCGGAUCUACCGCAUCUAGCGACAGUGAAAGCGCUGGUACCGAUACUUCAAAUGAUGAAAGUAGCAUAUAUACAAAUGAAUCUCAAAUGACCGCAUCAAGGGACAGUGGAUCCAAAAUAACAUUUGACCUGCUGUUUCCAUCGAUGAAGCAAAUGUACGGAACAGAUGUGAACGACCCAAAACGAGCUGAUCUGUUACUUUACACGAAGUACAUACAUAUUGGACGUAAAGCAAAUGGUACAAUUAGAAGUCUGUCUCUGGCUGGAAUGCAGUUAAUCCAACAAAAAAGUGUAUUUUUAAAUGAUACCUCAAUUAAUGUUACUCCUCCACAGGUGCCACAGAAUUCCAUAAAUAUUUAUCAAGAUUAUAUUAACCUAGGUAUUAGUGGAGGUGUAGUACCUAAGGCUCGUGAUCUAGAUAUGUAUAGGGAUUAUGUAAACUUGCAAGGAAAAUUUAAGUGAUUCUGUCAUAGAUAUAAUUCAAAUUGUGAUAUUUGUUUUUUUAAGUACUUAUAGGAAAUAAUGUAUUCAACAAAAUAUAUUAUUUGUUGUAAAAAUCC